AUGGAGAUUGACGACCAAGACGAGGAUGCACCAGUAGCGGAGAUCGAGGAGGACGAGGAGGAGGAAGAGGAGGUUGACGAGGAUGCGGACGCCGAGGGCGAGGCAGACUCAGAUGCCGAUGCGGAGGGCGAGGUUGAGGAAGACGACGACGAUGAUGGGGAGAUUGUUGGUGCCGUGAAGACGAGGUCAAGUCGGUCGAAAGCUCGAAAGACAACUGAAGACGAGGAAUCCGAAGCCGAGAUCGACGAGGACCUAGACGAGGACGACUCAGAUGCCGACAGUGUCCAAGGCGAAGAACAGGAUUGGGAAGCUGCGGACGAUGCGGACGAAGACCAGAAGAUAGGAAAUCCUGAUGCGAGUCGCUGCGUAUUCUGUGGCGAAAGCGAGGAAAAUGACCCCAGCGAAGAGUUCGAAGAGUAUCUGGCGUGCUCGGUGUGCGGUGACAACGCCCACCGGCAAUGUGCCAGAAAUGAAGGCUCGCUAGCUGAGAAUGAAGUUGCCGAACGAUGGCGAUGUCGCGAGUGCGUCGAAAAUGGCCUGGAGGAGGACUUCAAAGAUGUCCCGAACCUCCUCACCAACCGACGACGAUCAUCUGCUCCCAAGAUGGCCAGAGAUCUGCUACCUUCAGCACGUGGAGGUAUCAAGCCUGGUUCGCACUCUGUCUUCAACACUCUGAUCCUCCCGGACGACGGCAUGGACGGCUCGAGAUCGCUUAGGAAGCGAAAGACACCUUCAGAAGAUAUCGAUGAACCGCCUCGCCCUCCAAUCCGGAAGCGCAGACGCACCAAUCCUGAGGAAGACCAGGAAAUUCCGGACGUGGUCGUCGACGAGCCAGAGGAGGAAGAAGACGACGACAAUGCUAAUGAUGUUGAUGACGACGAGGAGCCUGGAUCACCAAGAAGUCGAGCAGGUCGACCUCAACGACAGCUUAAAGGCCGCAAGCGUGGUGCACGCAUCGUGUCGAAAUCCGACGAUCCCAAAAGCGCCAUCAUAUCGAUACCGGUCACUAUGGCUCAGUGGGACCAGAUCGAACGUGACGUGCAAAAAAAGCAGAAGCGGCGAGAGCGUGACCGCCAGAGACGAGCUCGCAAUAGCCGUCGCACUGUCACCGCUGAACCAGAAGAGCCAGCCCACUUCCCGACCGUGCAGACAUCCAUGUACACUAAUCCAUUCUUUCCAUUCCAGGAUCGCGAGGUCGAUGAGAACAAGGGCAAACCGUAUGGUGGCAUUCUGACCGAUGCUGAGGCCGAAACAUCAAAGACGUACCCACAAGACGCCGAUCGACAGGCCUUCCAAGCCGCUCGCGACAAGGCUGAGCAGCAAUGGAAGGAGAAGAUGGCCAAUGCGAAUGGCGAAACGCCUGCGCGAUCGAAACAAGCCGGUCAACCCAGCAAGAUCAAGUGUAUCAACUUUGGUCAAUACGAGAUCGACACCUGGCACGCUGCCCCUUACCCUGAAGAGUACAGCCGCAACAAGCACCUCUACAUCUGCGAAUUCUGUCUGAAAUACAUGAGCUCCGACUACGUCGCUUGGCGGCACAAGCUCAAAUGCGCUGCAAAGAACCCACCUGGCGAUGAGAUCUACCGUGACGCCAUCAAGAAUCCUGAGACUGGCGCCGAGACAACCCUCUCCUUCUUUGAGGUUGAUGGUCGUCGAAAUCCUCUCUACUGCCAAAACCUGUGCCUACUUGCCAAGCUUUUCCUCGGCUCCAAGACACUCUACUACGACGUCGAACCCUUCCUAUUCUACAUCAUGACAGAGAACGACGAAUUUGGUUGUCAUUUUGUGGGAUACUUCUCCAAAGAGAAGCGCGGCUGUGGUCCUCCACCUCCUAUCGAACCUAGGAGCUCGUUUGAUGACAGCAAAAACGCAGAGUCAAAUGGUGCUGCAGACUCUCAACUCGACGGCACUGCCAACGAUCCAGCACUGAGCAAUCCAGGAAACAACGUGUCUUGUAUUUUGGUUCUGCCUGUGCAUAUGCGCCGUGGCUUUGGACGGGUCUUGAUCGAGUUUUCGUAUCUCUUGACGAAGGUCGAGGGUAGGACGGGAUCUCCUGAAAAGCCGCUCUCUGAUAUGGGUCUGGUGUCCUAUCGCUCAUACUGGCGGACCGUCCUCUGCAAGCUGCUCCUCCGCUACAAGGGUCAAGAGUCGACGACGAACGACAGCAAGCCCAUCACCAUCGUCCAAAUAGCCAAAGAGACCGGCAUGACACCUGACGACAUCAUUUCAACUCUUGAAGCUCUCCGAUUUCUGGUGCGAGACCCCAUCACCAAGACGUAUGCUCUACGCCUCGACUACGAAUACAUGAAGGAGUAUGUGGAAAAGCAUGAGAAGAAGGCGACUAUCAAGAUCAAACCCGAACAUCUCGUGUGGACACCGUACGUGAUGGGACGACCUACCAACCUUUUCGCCAUGGGCGAGGAGACAAAUCAGCCCCUGCAGACGGUCGCGCCAAGAGACGAGCCUGUGGAAGUUCCUCCUGAACCUGAGGAGGGUGUGCAGCAGACUCUCAAGGCACAGGAAGACGCAAAGAAGCCAAAUGAGGAGAAUCCAGCCGAUGCCGCGGAUAGAACCGAGCUGCCUCAAGUGAAUGGAGUCUCGCCCAAGAACCGGAAGAAGACUCCGCCAACCCUGGCAUUAACGCCCCAAACCUCACUGACAGAGCGCCCUCCCACGAAUGGAUCACCCAGCCGACGCUCGCCUCGGAAGACGCCGAAUGGCGGCAUGCAUCGCAUGGAUUCCGGCGAAGCCAGCCCAGCGUCUUUCCACUCGGGAUCGCAGCCGUACUCCGCGGGCCCUAUCCCACCCACGCGCUUCGAAAUCUUCCCGGCUGUACCUGGCAUGCCGUCAACGACAAAGAGACGACCCGGCCGGCCUGUGGGGAGGAGAAGCAGCAAUCGCAACUCAUAUAGCAUGACGCCGCGGAGGUCACGGCCGUCGUCGAAUCACCAUACUCAUAGCCCGAGCAAUGGCGGCACGGCGAGCGCUCUGCGCCGGACGCGGAGCAAGCUAGGCGAUGUGGCGAUUACGGCGACGACGGAUGACAAUCAAGAUGAGGCUGUCGUCGAGGAAGGUGCUGCCGAUGAAGAUGAUCACCCCGAAGGCGCAAAUGCCAAAGAGGAUGAAGACGACGAUCCGGAUGCACCGGGCGAGGAGGACGAGGAGAUCCAAUACGAGUAA